AUUUCACAUUCGUUGCGGAUACUAUGAUAAAUUUGCCUUAAUCCAAUGAGUUUCUCCAAAAGUUUCCCUUUAUCCUAAGAAAAGACCCGAAAUUGUUUUCACCGUGCAUGAAAUAAAUAGACAUGAGUAAUUCCUGUCAGAUUCUCAAGAAUUGAUAGUACUUUGUGUAAAUCGCUCCCGCAACGGUUGAGUACAUUUAGAUGCGUUAAACGAAAGAAAUUCGGUGUGAAUACAACGCUUUAACUACACUGGUUCCUGAACAAACAAGUUGUUGUCUUGUCUUGUAAGAUCACAAGAUCAAGAUAAUUGUGGUAACACAACCUGUUGUUGCACAACACGAGUAGGUAUACCCUCCAUGUAGGUUACAGUGUAUUUUGCACAGACGUGCGCGAUUAUCUCGUCGUGGGUGUUGCGAGGGGAAUAGCGGCUGGAGUGUUCUAGUUGCUUAUCACAGCGCUGGGCGGCCGCAUGGAGCGCUCCACCGAGGACGCGGCGAAGCGAGCCGUCAGUCGACGGAGCGACACCGACAAGUCUCUGCCGCAGCACGCGGCCACACUCCAGGAACGUACGGGUGCAGCGCCCUGCGCCUCCCCACGCACCUGCUCCAGAUGUUGUCCAGCGCGAUGCUGGUCACCGUGCUGCUGCCGGUCGCCCUGGCCGCGCUCUGCCCCUGCCCGUCGUCACCUACCUCCGAGGACUCCCCCGUGUGCGGCAGUGACGGCCACACGUACCCCAGCGAGUGCGAGCUGCAGUGCGCCGGACUCUCCGUCGCCUACCCCGGGCC